AUGGUGGGCUCACAUCUCGAGCAAACGCCUCGCGUGCAGGCCAACAUCAGUCUCGAUCAUGUGGGAGUCUCUGUUGCAGACCUGGAGAUGGCAACAAAAUGGUACUCUGAGAAUCUGGGCUUCCGGAUCUUGAAAUCGAAAGUCCAUUUCAAGCGAGACCCCCAAAAUACUCGCCACGAAGACAUCCAUCUGUUCCAGGUAUAUCCCGAGCCUUUAAACGAAGCCUAUGUCUCGUUUCUCGUCUCGGGCAAUGGAAUCGGCAUAGAGCUCUUCGAAUUCGUUGAUCCCAAGCACGAUACGACACUGCCAUUCGGACCUCAACUCUGGACUCAGACUGGUUGUUUUCAUUUCGCAUUGACGGAUGCCGAUCCCAUAGGCCUCAGCAAGAGAUUGGUGCAGGCUGGCGCGAAGGCUUUGGCGGAUCCUGUGGUGUAUGGCACGAAAAGCCUUUGCAUUGCGUACCUGCAGGAUCCUUGUGGAUUGAUACUCGAGAUAUGUAGCCAGGGCUUUGGGCAGGGUGUCCUAGAGUCUGUGUGA